AUGAAUUCUCUUGAUCGACUAAAAUAGUAAUUCUAGAAAACAACAAGUUCAUUAUCAAAUUUCCAUAAGACAGCCGCCAAUCUCGAAAGAUAGGCAUAUUUUUAAGGACAAUUUGAUAUCUUAGCACAAAUAAUAUCAUUUCCAUCAAUUGAUGGACUAAUGGAAUGGGUAAGAAAAAAAAGUGAUGAAGUAUUACAAAUAUUAGAGAAGAACAGUGUGCGAUAUUAAAUAUCAAAGCAUCCUUUAUUAACUUCUGAGCCUGCUGCCUUUAAGAUGAAGACUACUUUUUUAGAAGAGCCUCAACCUCAAUAUUUUUAAUAACAACCAUAAAUGUAAAUGAACCAAAGUUCAUUUGAGGAGGAGAAUUGCAAUUCUUAUUAUACUUAAAAUAAUAGCCAAUACGAUUACAGGAAGAGAAGAAAGGAACAAUAGUAUACAAACUUUUGAAAUAUGUUUUAAUAAACUUGAAAGUGUAAUUGAAUAUAAAG